CAAAAAUGUCUAUAGCCAAUAGCGUAGUCGGUGUGGAGGACGGAACAUAAGAUUGCCGUGGGUUUCACAAAUUCACUGUCGAUUAUCCGCGAGUUUUAGCUAAUUUAACACACAUAUUUAUUUGUUGCAAGUUGAUGUUAGAAAAAUAGAUCAAGAUGCCUCCCAAGAAAGCCGCUGCCCCGAGCAAGAAGACUGAGCAGAAGAAAAAGGAGAAAAUCAUCGAGGACAAGACUUUCGGUCUGAAGAACAAGAAAGGGGCGAAACAACAGAAGUUCAUCUCGCAAGUCGAGAAACAAGUGAAGGCUGGCGGCCACCAUCCAGUGCCACAAGCCGCUGGGAAAAAAGAGGAAAAGGAAAAGAAGUUGCGCGAGCAGAAGGAGCUGCAGAUGCUGUUCAAGCCGGUGCAGACGCAGAAGAUUGAAAAGGGGACGGAUCCCAAGUCGGUUGUGUGUGCAUUCUUCAAGCAAGGGAACUGCGCAAAGGGCGACAGGUGCAAGUUCUCGCACGAUCUGUCUGUGGAGAAAAAGGUGGAGAAACGGUCAAUUUACGUGGACAUGCGAGAUGAAGAAGACAACAUGGAGAACUGGGAUGAGGAGAAGCUGAAGAGCGUGGUCGACCAGAAGCAUGCCAAAGAGAAGCGGAUGCCGACCACGGACAUUAUUUGUAAAUAUUUCAUUGACGCUGUGGAAAAGUCGAAAUACGGAUGGUUCUGGGAAUGUCCCAAUGGGGAGAAGUGCAUCUAUCGACACGCGCUGCCACCUGGGUAUGUCCUUAAGAAGGACAAGAAGAAAGAGGAGAAGCGGGAAGAGAUUUCUCUAGUCGACCUGAUUGAGCGUGAGCGAGCGGCCUUGGGAUCGGACCUGACAAAAGUAACACUGGAAACCUUCCUUGCUUGGAAAAAACGGAAAAUUCAAGAAAAGAAAGAUAAACUGGCAGCGGAAGAAGAGAAGAAACGAACUGACUACAAACAAGGCAAACAAUUCGGUCUUUCGGGUCGUGAAAUGUUCAGCUUCAAUCCAGAUUUGGUGGAUGACGGUCCAAUGGAGGAUGGAGAUGCCGCGUUCGACAACUACGACCGAUCAGAUGACGAGGAGGAACCUAUUGAAUUCAAGGAGAUUGACUUGACUGAACUGUCGUUGGCAGCACAGGAGGUCGAUGGUACAGGCACCGUUGCCGGCGAACGAAACUAUACAAAUAAUUCAACAAAUGCUCAAAAUGGAGAGGGAGAAGCAGCGCAGGCGCCUGUUGAUGAUGCAGCGCCGAUUAACGAAAACCUGUUUUUAGAUGAAUGCCUGGACGGUAUCGACGACGAACUGAACGAUUUGCAUGUGGAAGACGAUGGCGACGAGGAUUCGGGAAAGUAAUGGAGGAGACGAGUUAUAAGCUUAAUACAUUACGUACACAAAUUGUCUAUUGUAAAUUGAAAAGAAUGAAUAAAAAUAUAUUGAUUUUACUUUUAUUAGAAAAAGUCGUGGAAAAGCA